AUGAAGGCAUUACUGGAUUUGAAAUCAAAUAUAAAUUUUACAGUAAAAGAAAUCCAAGACCUGCACGAUAUUCAUCAUAGUUUAGAUGUUAUAAAAACAACUGUGAUGUCUUUGUGUCGCCGGGAUUCAAACUUAUUGACGGCAGAUGCUGCUCUUCAGUUUAUGUUAAAUAAACUUGAUCAUCAGCACAACGAACUCAGUGAAAGGCUUGCUAUUUCCCUUAGAAAAAUAAUAAAAGAGAGACGAACGAGUGUAUCUGGUAUUUUACAGUAUUUGCAUAACAAUGAACAAUUUUACAAAACCAUACCAACAGAAACCUUCACAACAAACGCUGAAAAUUAA